GUUCCCUAUAUACUCAUCACUGACGUGCCUCGCUUGUUACAGAUGGACACACCAUUCGCAUGGUAUCGUUUAUCAGCUGCGUCCAGCUGUAUGUCACUAGCGCCACCGCAGUUGGCCCUCCAUCCAUGCCUCCACUGCGUUACAGCUGGACACAGUCUUUCAGAUCGCGUUCCACGCUAAAUCCUGUCUGGCACGUACUACAUCCACGCACGUUCCAGGGGCCAAUUAAGUGUUCGACAAAAAGGAAUUGCGUUCCAGCGUUCCAGGGGAAUCAUAUAUAAAACGCUGGCACCUUUUUCCUGGAACCCGAGUAUCUGCAACUGCGUUGCUGCCCCGUUGAGCGCGAGAAGCCCGUCGACGAC